CCAAGGGACAGCUUUAGCAGUGCACUUACCAAAAACAUAGUGGCCAUGCUAGUGUGGCUGGCCCUUAGUAUCCUCAAUGGUACCAUGACAUCCACUUUCUUCAGACACAGCUUUUUCUAUGAGGACCCACGCUACAUAUUGUUUAUUUAUAUGGUCAUUAAUGAUGCAAUCCAGUUAACGCUUGUAACAGGUCUGUAUGUGGUGAGUUAUGCUUUCUCCAAGAUCUUGGUGUCUGCCUGUUGCCCACUCAUCAUGAUAGCUGUUCUAACAACACGCUCUACACCACUCAUACUUGCCGGGAUGGCCAUUGAGCGCUACAUUUCCAUUUGCUUUCCUCUCCAUUACAGCCAUAUGUGCACAGUGCCACGUACCAUCUGGAUCAUUGGGGUUAUCCUUAUUCUAAGCAUCACACCCCCCAUAACAGACCUCUUUAUAACUCUUACCAAAGAGCCUGUGUCCUUUUUUGGAAGCUUUAUCUUCUGUGACCACUCAAUGCUCUUCCGUGACCACUCCAUCUACUACAAGAAUUGUGCUUUCGACAGUGUCUAUUUUUCCUUUGUCUUUUUGGCCUUGCUCUACACAUACUGUAAAAUCAUGUUGACAGCACGAGCAGCCUCCACUGACCUGGUGUCUGUGAAAAAGGCACGGAACACAGUACUGCUCCAUGGUGUGCAGCUGUUGCUCUGCAUGCUGGCUUUUGUGGUACCAUCCAUGCAGGCUCCUCUAAUCCAAUUGUUUCCACAAUAUGGUCUGGAGAUACGCUACAUCAACUUUCUGCUGGUCUACAUCAUCCCACGGUUCUUGAGCCCUAUGAUCUAUGGGGUCAGAGAUGAGAAAUUUAGAAAAUACUGGAUUAGGUACCUUCUCUAUAGGGUUAACAGGGUGAAAGCUAAUGAACACUUGCCUCAAAAACCAAGGUGA